AGGGGCGAAGAUAUUCAGCACAACCACUUCCUUCUGUGCUGCUGGAAAGCGUUCAGGCUCAGCUCAGGGUCACAACAUCCGCCCGUUCCACUGGGACUCAACUGGAGCAGUCGGAGGCGAGCAGAGCAGAGGGGGAGGCGCCGUGCUUCCUGCUGCGCACCUCGGAGCCAACAUGGCAAAAUGUGGAGCAUGCGGCCCAGGAUACGCGACUCCCCUGGACGCCAUGAAGGGUCCCCGGGAGGAGAUCGUCUACCUGCCCUGCAUCUACAGGAACACCGGCAUCCAGAAGCCGGACUACUUGGCCACCGUGGAUGUUGACCCCAAAUCCCCACACUACUGCCAGGUCAUCCAUCGCCUGCCCAUGCCCAACCUGAAAGACGAGCUCCAUCACUCGGGGUGGAACGCCUGCAGCAGCUGCUUUGGGGACACCACAAAGAGCCGCAAUCGCCUCAUCCUCCCGUGCCUGAUCUCAUCCCGCAUUUACGUGGUGGAUGUGGGCACGGACCCUCGAGCCCCCAGAAUCCACAAGACUGUGGAGCCUGUGGAGCUGUUCUGGAAGGGGAACGUGGCAAAUCCCCACACCUCCCACUGCCUGGGCAGCGGUGACAUCCUGAUCAGCUGCAUGGGAGAUACUUCUGGCAAUGGGAAAGGCGGCUUUGUUUUGCUGGAUGGAGAGACCUUUGAAGUGAAGGGAAACUGGGAGAAAGGGGGGAAGUGCCCCCCCUUUGGUUACGACUUCUGGUACCAACCGCGGCACAACGUCCUGAUGAGCACUGAGUGGGGGGCCCCCAAAGUCCUGGCGUAUGGGUUUAACCCGGUGGAUGUUGAGAAAGGGCAUUAUGGCCGCCACAUCAACGUGUGGGACUGGAGCUCCCACACCUUCCUUCAGGCAAUUGACUUAGGGAAGGACUCCAUCCCGCUGGAAAUUCGGUUCCUCCACAACCCCGAUGCUGCAGAAGGAUUUGUUGGAUGUGCUCUAAGUGGAACAGUGCAUCGCUUCUACAAGACAGAGAAAGGAGACUGGGCAGCAGAGAAAGUGAUUGAAGUACCCAGAAAGAAAGUGCAGGGAUGGCUUCUCCCCGAAAUGCCUGGUCUCAUCACUGACAUCCUCAUCUCACUGGACGACAGAUUCCUCUACUUCAGCAAUUGGCUGCACGGCGACAUCCGCCAGUACGACAUCUCCAACACGCGCCGGCCCAAACUGGUGGGGCAGGUGUUCCUGGGAGGCAGCAUUGUAAGAGGUGGGCCUGUGACCGUGCUGGAAGACAAGGAGCUGCAGUGCCAACCAGAGCCGUUUGUGAUUAAGGGGAAGAGGGUGCCGGGUGGACCGCAGAUGAUUCAGCUCAGUUUGGAUGGGAAGAGGCUGUACGUCUCCACCUCUCUCUACAGCGGAUGGGACAAACAGUUCUACCCAGAUCUUGUCAAGGAGGGCUCCGUUAUGCUGCAGGUCGAUGUGGACACUGAAAGAGGUGGAUUGAAAGUGAAUACAGACUUCCUGGUGGAUUUUGGGAAGGAGCCCGACGGGCCGGCGCUGGCUCACGAGAUUCGUUACCCCGGUGGUGACAGCACCUCGGACAUCUGGAUAUAAGAGUGUGAAUCAGUCCAGCGAACCACUUUCUGAACUUCGCCUUCCAUUGGGGUGAGCCACAGAAGCUCCGCUUUAUGCUCAUUGUCUGAGGCAGACGAGUAAACCUGAAACACAUCCUGCAUCUCUUUUAUUUCCUUGAUCUUUGCCUUCAUAAAGAGCUGUGCAAUCACUGCCUGCCUGCAGGCCAACCUCACAGCUUCUAAGGACUGAUUGCUGGGUGGUGGAGGAGCCGCUCCUGGGUGACUCCUGAAGUGAACAUUUCACAGAGUGCCCUUUCCCUGCAAAGCUUAAUUUGCCCGUUAAGUAAUCAGUGAUUUACAGCACAAAAUCACGCACUGCUAACCCAAAGCCUUGUGUUUCCGGAGCUGGAUUACCUUUUAACAUUUGUGCACCGAUUCUGUAUAUCAAAGCCAACAAUAAAAUCAUUCUUUGAAUCA